AUGCGUUCGAUUGCUUUCUGUUUUGCUGUUGGUGGGUGUGUACAGAGUCCAACUCCAGAAGGGGGGGAGAGUAGGUUAGAAGGAAAGUCUUUGGGUUCUUCUAGUAAAGUUGGGGGGAUAGGGGAAGGUAAAGAAGUUGCUUUAAAUAAUCCUUCUGUUCAAGUGAGUCCCAAACUUGUGGACAGAUCUGAGAUUGACGGGAGUACCACUGUUCCUGAACCAGCUCCAUCUAUGCCUACUCAACAUCUCACAAUUAGUGAGCUUGUGGAGGUGGAUGUGCAAGAUGAGCAGCCUAGUAAGGGAGGAAAAAAGGCUCAAAGGGGUUUUGUGAGAAAAGCCAGAACUACUAAACCAAUAGGUGAGGGUAUGCAGUACAUCUCAAUGGGCUAUCUUUAUUUAUGCAAGUACUGA